AUGGCACUCAGGCUGAGGGCAGGUGUGUGGCCCACAGGGCCCCGGCUGGCCCCACAUGGGGUCCGCACACUGGGCACCAGGGCCUCUCCAGACUGCCAGGCAGUGCGGCCCUUCGACGCCAUCCCCCUGUGUCCCGGCAACAAGUGGGUGAGGAUGCUGCGUGUCUGGAAGGAUCAGGGCCAGGAUGACCUGCACCUGGAGAUGCAGAAGCACUUCCAGGAGCUGGGGCCUAUCUUCAGGUACAGCGUGGGGAGUAUGCCCACAGUGAACGUGAUGCUGCCCCAGGAUGCGGAGCAGUUGUACCACGUGGACAGCUUGCAGCCCCACAGGAUGCCCACGGAGCCCUGGCUGGUCUACCGACAACAUCACGGACACAAACUCGGAGUGUUCUUGACCAAUGGGCCCGAAUGGCGUCAGAACCGGCUGCGGCUGAACCCCGACCUGCUGGACCCCAGAAAGACCCAGCGGUUCAUGCCCAUGGUGGACACAGUGGCCCAAGACUUCUGCCAGGUGCUGAGGAAGAAGGUGAUGCAGAACGCCCGCGGGAGCCUGACCCUGGACGCCCAGCACCUCAUCUUCCUCUACACCAUUGAAGCCAGCAACUUCGCCUUGUACGGGGAACGGCUGGGGCUCCUCGGUCCCAGCACCAGCGCCACCAGCCUGCAGUUCCUCCAGGCCACAAAAGCCAUGUUGAAAUCCACCAUUCCACUCAUCUACAUGCCCCGAAGCCUGACUCGCUGGGUCAACGCCAACUUGUGGGCAGAGCACUUCCAGGCCUGGGACACCAUCUUCCAGUAUGCCGACAGGGCCAUGCACAGGAUCUACCAGGAGCUGUCAGUCGGCCGCCCACAGCACUACAGUGGCAUUAUCGCUGAACUGCUUCUGAACUCAUACCUGUCCCUGGACACCAUCAAAGCCAACGCCGUGGAACUCACCGCAGGCAGCAUUGACACGACGUCUUACUGCUUACUGAUGACCCUGUAUGAGCUGGCUUGCAACCCUGACGUGCAGCAGGCCCUGCGCCAGGAAAGCCUGGAGGCUGAGGCCGCCAUCCGGGAAGGUUCCCACAGGGUGACCUCGGAGCUGCCCCUGCUGCGAGCUGCCCUCAAGGAGACCCUGCGGCUGUACCCUGUAGGUCUAACUCUGCACCGGCAGCUGCAGUCGGACGUGGUGCUGCAGAACUACCACAUUCCGGCCGGGACGCAGGUCCUGUUCUACCUCUACUGCAUGGGUCGGAGUCCCGCGGUAUUCCCGAGGCCCGAGCGCUAUGACCCCCAGCGCUGGCUGACCAAGGCCACCGGCUCCUACCCCAACUUCCGUCACUUGGCCUUCGGCUUCGGGGUGCGCCAGUGCCUGGGGCGGCGACUGGCGGAGGUGGAGCUGCUGCUGUUCCUGCAUCACGUGCUGAAAAACUUCCACGUGAGUACCGUCUUCCCGGAGGACCUAAAGAUAGUCUACCGCUGGGCGUUUACGCCCUCCUCCUACCCGCUCCUCACCUUCCAGGCCAUCGACUAG